CCUCCCUGACUGCUGUGCUGUACAUUCCCGAGUUUCAGGUGAGGCUCGGUCGACCAGGGGACAACGCCAGGCACCAACCUUGUCUGCAGGGAAUUAUGAGCGGGGUUGUGAUCGAUGGCGCGGCUCUCUGUGAUGUCAACGAGGACGAGUUAGCCGGGAACGUCAGCAGUCAUACGUGUACCUUGCCAGUCGGCUCGAUGGACACCCGAACUGUAGGCGACCCACGACAGGACGACGCGGUGGAGUUUCAGGAUGGAGUCUGGACGUACAAUGCCCAAAGGUUACGCGCGAAGCUUGCGUCGAUUCCUACGCAGGGUAUGGACAUGGGCGAGGUCACUGCCAACGUGAAAAAAGUAUGCCGCGAGGAAGGGGUUCACGUGGCCACCAGUGAUUCCAGGAAGGGCAAGGAUGGUCGUUGGGUGUCUCGGGAGCUAAAGUGUAAGCUCGGUAUGCGCAAUCGACAGAAUGACCACAAGGCAAAGGAUGGAGGUAAAACUGUCCCCAAGAUCCUGAGAAAAUCGCAACGAAUAGGCUGUCCAUUCAAGGUGGUGGCGAUCCGAUGGCCCACCAAACGCAAAGCAAGAGAACAUCCCUACCUGUCCGAGAGGGCCACUACACUGACCCACAACCACACGGUUACCAAGGAUGUCGACACAAUACGGCAACCUAAGCGGAAGGAGUCUUCGGACUCUCUUGUGAUGGCCAAUCCCUACAAGCUCCGAGAGUCGGAAGCGAAACCUCCGGGACACGAGACCAGGGACGACAGGCGAGACCGGACAGAAGGGCUACGAGCAACGGCGUUUGACCCUCAGAAGAGGCAAAAGGAACAACCGAACGAGAAUAGACGUAGCGACAUCAAACGACGCAUACUCCGCUCUCAAGAGGGGGGCCUGGACAACUACAUCUGCGAGUUUCUGGUCGACAUAUGGGAGAAGGGAGAGCUCAUUGACGGCACGGAGGGCUUCGGUAAUGGUGCUGACGGUUUCGACAACGGUUUAUUUUGCGGUUACCUUGACAUGGCGAACGCCCCUCCUUACGUGCCCGGUAGAAGAGACGACCCUACCGUCGCGUUUUGGAGCAAGGGCACGGACAGACUAGAAUAUACUGAGCACGCGUUCAAGGCGUGUUUGAAGGCCCAUUUUCCGGUUAUUUUUGAAGGAGAUGACACAUACCGGUCCGUGAUGGGAACCGCUUGCAAAUCGGCUCUUGCAAGGAACCUGACAAGGAUAGGGGGGCUUGGAGGGAGGAACGGCACGUCGAUGUUCGGUGUGUCACCGUCAUUCGUCGAGAGCUGGAACGAAGGGGUGAUUGAUGGCGACGAGCUUAAAAAGGCUUUCGGCACAAACCCCACGUGGACUACUCAGAAUUUCGAGGAGGACGAUAAGGUGGACGUUCUAUCCUUCAAUACCAUCGAGUGCGUCGGAGCUUCGGACCUCGUUCGCAACACCAGGAUGGGGGGCUUGUGUCACCCAGAUAGACCCCCCACGAGAGGGGGCGUCCUGACGGGGACGACGUCGGUGCGGGGAAAAAGCUGGUCAGGGAGCGAAGUAACGGCAUUCGCCAUGAGAACUGGUGGUGUAACCCACUCUCACGUAGAUCCCCAGAUGGUCCACGGGGAGCACUUGUACCUGCCGGCAGCUGGUACCAUGCGGUCCGUAAACCGGAGAGGCAGCGGCCCGGCGAAACGAGCCAUUUUGAUGUGUGCGCACGACAUGGACCGAGUCGUGGAUCUGCUGGGACUAGACGUUAACAAACCUUCCUCUAGUCAAUACACAGGGGCGAUUGUAGAUCUCGAGGGUCUGGCCACUCGGCUGAGGGUAAACAGCAUCCGGUUCGUAGUUGUCGACUUUCCCGAGUAUUGCUCGUACGCGAUUCCCGCGAGAUGCGCCCACAUGUUCGUGACUCUUCGCCUAGUUGAAUCAUGCGCAUGGCACCCAAUCCUGAACAUUUAGCGUGGGGAUAUCGGGUUAAGAUUUCUGCAAGUGUGUCUUUCUGGAUGGGGGGGGUGGGGUGAUUGGGUGGUGGGCGGUGGUGGGAGGCUGACGCGUACAUUACCGUCCUUUGGGUACCUUCUCUACAUGGCCGUCUUGAUGAAGAAUAAAACACUAAAAAGGAGAUGUUAGCCUCUACGUUGACCAAGGAGACACACCCCUUCACUUCAUGCCAUUCAUAAAACGCUGGACGUUU